GUUUUUUUUCUUGUGUCACUGAAGGUUCUAAACUCUGAAUUUUUAACUCGUAACUUGGUAUGAUUUCUACAUUGUGUAACUUAUGUUACUCAUAACUUGGUAUGGUUUCUACAUUUUGUUCCUUGUGUAACUCAUAACUUGGUGUGGAACCACAGUGUGUUUCUUGUGUCACUGAAGUCUCUAAUCUCUUAAUUUUGAACUCAUAAUUAACUAACAACAAUUUACGGUGUUGAAUAAUUGAAAUUGAAAUUUAUUUAAAAACCACAAGCUUAAAUAACUUCAUAACGAAAACAUGUAAUUGGAUAAUUGAAGUGAAAGAUGGAGAUGGUUUCUAUAGUUACUUAUGCGGCCAUCAUUUUAAACACAGUUGAUCUUUGUUUUACAUCGUGUGUGGAUGAGCUACCGGAUCCAGAAUGUCAGAAUCUAGCAGCUGCCGGUGAAUGUUUUUUUAAUUCAUCUACAACUGGGACAUCGUGUUUGUGCCAAAAAUCGUGUGGACUUUGCGACAAUCCAAAAUUUCCAGGAGAGCAUGAUAACUGUGAUUGUAUUAGUUUUUUCCCUGUGUGUUAUUCUGGUGAAACGAUGAUGCCUUUACCGGGCUGUCCCUUGUCGUGGUCCUCUGACUGUUAUGUGUCCAGCCAGAUAGCGGAUGGGUAUAUGUGUGAUUUUUUCCCUCCAAGUGGUGACCUGAUUCUUAUGAAUCCUACCGCCCGCCGUCAUGCUGAUCAGAUAGAAUUCCAGUGUCCUCCUGGUUACAACAAAGUUGGGGAUUCAAGAGGCCUUCAUGUAUGUGAUGCGGAUGCUGCGGUAUGGAGAAAACAUUCAGUGUAUGGCGAUUUUCCAAUUUGUGGUGGUGCGUCCUGUGGCAUCCCUCCUAGGGUAUUAUAUGCCACGCCCUCUCUGAUUGAAGAUACGUUAGCUGAUGAAGUAACAUACAGCUGUCAGUCAGGCACAGUCAAACUAUCAGGUAAUGAUGGCAAACAUGCUUGUACUGCAGACGGUUCCUGGAAACUCAUGACCGGAUCAGUAACACCUUAUUGUCAACCAUAUAUUGGUUAUUUCAAGAUAUUACCUGGAAAUGAAGCAGUAGCCAAUAAAACGUUGAGUAUAAAACCAGGUAGCAGUGAUAUUUACUGCGGUGCUCUGUGUCUCCAGUCAUAUUUUUGUGUUGGCUAUACUUAUGAUGACGUCAAUCACGUGUGUCGUUUGAAUGAAAGCGGUGAAAGGGCACAGAAUACAGAGUAUACAUUAAUAUAUCCGUAUUAACAGACUGGUUGAGGGUGAAAACAAAUAGAGCAUGCCAUAAUAUAUCCGUAUUAUUCAAAUAUAGAGCAGGCAAAAACAUACCCGCAUUAAAGUCCCGGUGCGCCAUUUGCAUCUUUCGCUAAAAUAUAAAAUUUAUCACGUCUUAAUCCACGGUAAUAAUAUGUACUUAGAUUGGUUAUUUAACAUCUAAUUAAGAAAAAAAUUCAAAAUAUCAAUGGUAGAUAAUUUUCCGGCUUGGAUUCAGUCUGAUUUAAAAUAGGAUAUCAGAACAUUUUCGUAGACAACAAAAUGGCCACCUGCAUAUUACAUAGCGAAGCAGCAUAGAUCGAUGACAGUUUUACAUAACUUUGUAAAUACCGAAAGGAAUUGAACUAUUUUUUGGACUCACAUUGCUAUUAGAGAUUCAUCUUUCACAAUUUUGGAGUUUGCAAGUGAAUCCUAUAGUACUAAAUUGGUGCACCGGGACUUUAACAUUUAAUGAAGUUACAUUAAUGAACUGAUUGACAGAAAUAAAUGUUUUAUGCUUUUG